AUGGACGGCUCACUCUCGUCUUCACCAGACGUGUACUUGGCAGCAUACUCGACUAAUUGUACUUGCGGAAGAAGCUUCGCUCAGCUAAACGCAUAUGCAAACCAUCAACGAACGUGCAGAAAGAGAAAGAAACGCCUUUCGAAUGCGCUAACAAAGGCCAAAGAAGUAUGGACUACAAGAAAAAAGCUGUGUAAAGAAGACGGACAUGGUGAGGCGGCUGUGUUUACCUCAACCUCUAGCUGUAAUGCGACAACUCGAACUUCAUCGGGAGAGAGCAGGGUGCGCCCACCACUGGAUUAUGAAUUUUCUGGCUCAGAGUUCAGUUCCGAGCAGGCUGCUAUCACUGUCGACAGAGUAGAAUUCGGUGGAAAUUCAGGAUCAGGAUCGGAGCUUCCCAUGGCAGGCAUCGAAAUUGAACACAAUGAUAUAUGCAGUCCUCCGGAAGUCUCACAGGCAGUAGAAGAUCCACGGUCGCUUGCAGAACGUCGCCCACGGCGCCUCAACCGGCGUCUUCCCGCACGGUUCCGAGAUAUUCUCCCUCAGCCACUACCACCACCUAUCGUUGAGCAAGCCCCAUCCCCCGCUGCAGAUACUUCGUCUGUCUCGGAUACAAGUUCACCACUGUCGUGCGCCCUGCGCAUCUUGCGCACGCUUCCUAAUAUAUUCGGACUUUCACGACAAUAUUAUAGUAGUCGCCUGCCAACUCACGAUCCAGAUGAGAUUACCACUUUGGAGAACCUCACUCUGACACAUUCAGACCCAGAAGGUCAGGAUCCCAGCAGGCCCGGACACCCAAUGCAGGAUCAUGAUGGCGGUGGGGAAGAUCUGGACGCUUUCUACCCAUAUCCAAACAAAUCAUCAUUUGGGCUUGGCGACUGGUUUUGGAAUGGGGGUUUGCAGAAGUCGCAGAAGAGUUUUAAGGAAUUGUUACGGGUUAUCUGCGAUCCUGAGUUUCGACUUGAAGAUAUCCGUUCUACGCGCUGGAACUUGAUCGAUCAACAACUCGGAUCUAGCUCCGAAGACGCAGAGGGGAAUAUGCCAUUUGAAGGCGCUGGGUGGAAGAAGAGCGCAAUUAAUAUCAAGAUUCCCAUUUCCAAUCGCGCAGAUAACCCAGGCAUCCGUGAUUAUCUCACCGCAGACCUAUAUCACCGACCGCUCGUAUCUGUCAUCCGCGAAAAGCUUGCAAAUGUUAAGCACGACGAACUCUUCUACUAUCAGCCUUACGAACUGCUUUGGAAUCGCGGACGAUCUGAAAGACCCAUUCGUGUUCAUGGUGAACUUUAUACAUCCGAGUCUUUCAUUCAGGCGCACCGUGAACUCCAAGAGUCACCACCGGAGCCUGGGUGUGAUCUAGAGCGCGUUGUUGUUGCUCUCAUGUUUUGGUCAGACACGACACAUUUGACCUCCUUUAGCAAUUCCAAACUCUGGCCCUGCUACAUGUUUUUUGGGAAUGAGUCCAAGUACUGA